AUGUUAAUAAACAACGAGCGAGCCACUUCUUAUGAUCGAGAACUCGCUUUCAAAUGGUUUAUCGAUUGUUUGGAACAUAUCAAUCUUGAAUCGCAAAUUGCUCUCUUAGAACGACGCAUCGCAGAUCUCGAUCCGCUAUAUAUUUCUCUUACAGGGAACAUUUGCUUCAAAUUAUACUAUGAAAACUGCAAACGAUCACGAUAUCCGACCUUGAAUUUCAGCAAAUCGUCGAUCCAUCCAAUUACACGAAGAGAUUUGAAUUCAUUGAUUGACGUUCGUCAAGGUGAUUUAACAGUAGAACAAACCGAUGUUAUUGUUGUAUGUUCGUCAUCAAAGACUUUGUGUGAAAACGUUUUCAAAUCCGGUGGAAAUUCGAUAAAAGUUUCGUACGAGACUGAAUUGAAGAAAACUCCGACGGCUCCUAUCAUUACAGUUAAAGCAAAUGGUCAUGUAGCAGCAAAAACAAUUUACUUUCUUCCAUGGCAACCUGAUGCCGAUCUCAUUAAAUUUUGUGAUUCGGUUAAAACAUUCGUCUCAAAUGCAAUGGAAAAAGCAGCAAGUGAAAGUUAUCAAAGCAUCGCAAUUCCUGCUAUUGGUUGCGGCCUAUAUGGAUGUUCGAUCAGUCUUGUUGCCGGAACAUUCGUUAAGGAAGUUCAUCGUCAACUACUUAAGUAUCCUAUGUCGGUUUCCUUUGUAAUACAACCAGACAGAAAGGAUGUUUACGACGAGUUUCAGAAACAGAUUAGCUUAAUUCAACAAGCUUCAGAAAUAAAACCAAUAUCAAUGACAAUUGGAAAAGGAACGCUGGAAAUUCAACUGGCAGAUAUAACAACACAAAAGGUUGAUGUUAUUAUUGGAAGUUCAUCAUCGCAAAUCUUGAAAAGAGCAAUCAUAAAUGCAGCUGGUGAUGAUGUUCAAAUGGCAUAUGCAAAAGAACAUGAAAACAAUCCAAAUUCAUUAAUACUUUCAGUUUCACCUGGUCAACUACCUUGCAAACGAAUAUUUUUUGUUAAAUGGGAGCCUAACACCGAUGAGGAAGCCCUUCAACAAUCAAUUAUUGAUUUAAUAUGGAAUGUUAUGCAAAAUGCUAUUUCACAUAAAUUUACUUCGAUUGCAUUUCCAGCUAUUGGAUGUGGACAGAGUUCCUGCUCGAAACAGGUUAUAGUCAAGACAAUGGUUAGAGAAAUAAAAAAUCAACUUAGAAUGAGAAAUUUACCAUUGACAGUAAAAUUAUCGAUAGCACCUGAUCAGCUAGAGAUCUAUGAUGAAUUUUGUAAGCAAGUUUUGUCGAUAGAAGAAGAUCUUUCGACUUCAAUUAGCCAUGAGUUGCCUUCCACAUGGAUACAAUCAACAGAAAAUAAAGUACGCGUCAUAGUAUCCAUCAAUACAAAUGAAUAUAAAUCGAUUGUCACCAACUUUGAUCAGGCAAUGAAAGGAAAAUAUACGCAAGUUAUACAAAUCGAACGAAUUCAAAAUGAACGAUGGUACAUGCAAUAUCUAGCACAUUGCCGAGAUUUCAGAAAACGGCUCAAGAUAGAUACCGAAAAGCGUUUAUAUCAUGGAUGUCCUGAGAAAGCUGCAGAUUUGAUUAUUGGAGAUUGUUUUAAUAGAAGUUUCGCAGGGGUAAAUGGUACGGUAUAUGGAUUUGGAGUUUAUUUUUCAUCAAAUGCUACUUACAGUCACACCUAUGCUAUUCCAAAUACGAAGGGGGAACGAUUUAUAUUUGUGUCUCGUGUUCUAGUGGGAAGCACAGUCCUAGGAAAUAGUUCGAUGAAAACUCGACCUAUUGGAUAUGAUUCAACAACUGAUGGUAACCACAUUUUCGUUACGUAUCAUGAUGCACAAGCAUUUGCCGAAUAUUUGAUUACCUAUAAAUAGAACUGCACUCUCAUCAUAGACUUAUUUUUUUGAUGGAAGAGCAUUCGAGAAAAGACAAGAACAAAUAAAUGAUUUUUUCCUUUUGAAAGUCAGUUUUGUUGAAAGAAGGGUGGGUGUGGAUGAGUGGGUAUGGUUAUGGGUGUGAAUUAGUAGAAGAUAAGCACCCAAAUCCACACCAUCAACAUAUUAUUGAGUUGUUCACCUCUGAUAUUCACUUGAGAAUGAUUAUUCUUACAUUAUUAUCACAUGUGAACUCAUUCUCAUCCGAAUACAUAUGGUUAAUAAUACGGAAUGAUUACUAUUCUUUACAUCUGUAUUUAUAUCCACUGAGUUGUUUAAAAAAUGAUCUGUCUUUUAUCAAAUCAUGGCUCUAGUUUAACAACCGCCAUACAAUAUGACUUCAAGACCUUACUGCGACUCAUAUAUUAUUUGACGAAUGAUAAUUUAUUAAGAAAUGUGAAUGAUUAAAUAAUUCGAUUACAUAUAAAGAAAACUAUGAUUCAGUUCACAAAAGAAAGUGUCAUUCUGUCUAUAUCUAUUAAUAAAGCUCAGCACUAUUGAGAGAACUACCGUUGUUCUGUCCACCAGUAACUAAUACUUUUUCAUUUGCUAAUAUGGAUGCUGUGUGAUAAUAUCGAGCGAUACUCAUGUUUCCUGUGAUUGUCCAGGUGCUUG